GAAAUCCUCUUGGAAAAAAAAUGGGGCAGUUGCUAAAUUUUUACCUCAUUCACAUCAAGAUUUGCAGAAGAUGGUUCAAUUGUGAAAGAGCCACCGACGUGAAAGAGUGUCACAGGAGAUUGGUAGCCGAUGCUAUAUAAUUGCAUGAGACAUCGAGAAAAGUCGUAUUUCAUUGCUGAAUUCAGCUGAUGUAACAAUUUUUGCAUAUAAAACUGUGGCUAUUAGAGACAUUCACGUCAAUCGUCUGAAAAAAGUGAUUUUGGUGAUUUUUGUGCAUCGCCAUGAUGUGUGGAAAUUUAAUCGCGUGCAUUGCAUUUGGAUUAUUUUUUAUAUACCCGGCAUUGGGACAUCCUGCCGUUGAAUAUGAAUUUGAUCCGGAACUGGAGACAGAGUUCAAUGACCUAGGGGCUGCUGACUCCGUCGUGACCCGUGAAAAGAAGUCAUACUCAUCGCCAACGACAAUUUGUGUGGAAAUUAAUCCUCAAACCCCCUACGAACGAUCGUACAUGAUGUGCAAGGAGAAAAGAAAUUACUACAAUGCUGAACCCCAUCGACCACACUACUACCCCUACGUGGGGGCACCGAAUCAUCCCUUUAUGAGGAAUUUUCGUACGAAGACGGUAGUGCCGCAGAAAAGCACAUCGGGAUACAUUUCACCGCACAACAUGAAGGGUGAUCAUCGUGAUGAUAGACACCACCACCAAACACACCAAACACCAGCUCAUGGACUUCCAGUUCAACCAUUGCACCUGCAGGAUGAAGUGCAUCAUAAUUUCGGUAAAACCAGCAACAAACCCAAGUCGAGGACAUUUGAUUUUGACGCUGAAGCCCAGGAUGACUUCCAAGUGGGAUCCAUGCACUAUGGUGGUCAUGGAGGACACGGCUACGAUCAUGGGCACCACCACGAUCACUACGAGAGCGGAAAUCACGGAGAUAACAUUUACGCUCACCACUACUACGUGCCGAAUAAACACUCUCAUGGAGGAUAUCAUGGAGGAGCAGAGAAGCAUGGGGAUGAUUAUCACCAAUCUGGCCACUAUCAUUCCCAUUCAUCCCACAAUCAUGAUCAAGAUUAUGGUCAUGAUGGUCAUGGUUAUGAUCAUUCAUAUGGGCAUUCUCAUGGACAUUCUGAUGGUCAUUCCUAUGAUCACCAUCAACAAGAACAUCAGAAUGGCAAAUAUUAUAACUUUAGACCAGCAAGACCUCUAUCGUAUCUUCAUAUUCGCCCACAACUUGGCCCAAUUGUACCACACAAGACACCUGAUCGUCAAGCUCAUGAAGAAACUGGUCCAGCACAUUUCCAUGAAUCAUCUGGCCCUGCCAAACCUAUUCCAGAGCAAUUCUUCCAACCAUCUGGACCAGCUCAACAUAUUCCAGCACAAUUCCAACCGGAGUCUGGACCAGCUCACCACACCCCAGCUCAUGCACAUCAUACUGGUCCAGCACAUCAUGUUCCAGCUCCAGUUCAUCAUGCACCUGCUCCAGUUUACCAUGCUCCUGCUCCUGCUUAUCAUGCGCCAGCUCCUACCUAUCAUGCACCAGCUCCUGCUUAUCAUGCACCAGCUCCUGCUUAUCAUGCACCAGCUCCUGCUUAUCAUGCUCCAGCUCCUGUGUAUCAUGCACCUGAAUCCCAUCAUCAAGCUCCAGCUCCAGUCUACUAUGAACCUUACUCGGUUCCAGUUCCAGCUCAUUACGGCUGCAGUCCACCUCCUGUUCACCCCUGUGGAUCACCAGCACCAUCAUAUGGACCACCACCAGUACCUUGUGGGCAAAAUUAUCUUCUCAGCUGCUCCCCUAGUGUGUCUCCUGUUGGUUGCAGCUACCAAAAGAAAUACACCGACAGCCUCACAGCGCCUAAUCCCAACGACAACGAAAACAAGGACAGCGAUAAGGAUAAGCCUCCGUCUUCUGCAAUAGUCGUACAGCCAACACAUUUGAGUGGAGAUGGACAAGUCAGCACAACCCCAGCAUCAGUACCAGUUGUUGGUGCACCAAUAGACGAGAAACCACCAUCAGACAAAGAUCAACAACCAAAAGUUCCAGGUAAUAAGAAACAGGAAACUAUGGCUAAGCUCAUUGAUAUGAUGAAUAAUUCUGGUGGACAAGGAAGUAAGUCUGUACAAAAUGCUAGGUCAGCAGAUACAACACGACAACAAGUGCGAGCACAAUCUACCGAGGCAAAAGCAUGAUGAAGAGGCUGUGUAAGAAGAACACCUGAAUAAAUUAUAAAAGAGGUUAAAAA